AUGAAAGAUAGCAAAAAGGCGGUGAGCAAGAACACCAGCUCCAAGCUCCUGAGAAAGGGUAACUACGCUGAGCGUGUGGGUGCCGGAGCGCCGGUCUAUCUGGCUGCGGUGCUCGAGUACCUGACGGCUGAAAUCCUCGAGCUGGCCGGUAACGCGGCCCGGGACAACAAGAAGACCCGCAUCAUCCCCAGGCACCUCCAGUUGGCCGUGCGCAACGACGAGGAGCUCAACAAGCUGCUGGGAGGGGUGACCAUCGCUCAGGGCGGGGUGCUGCCUAAUAUCCAGGCCGUGCUGCUGCCCAAGAAAACCGCCGCUGGGGGCGCCACUAAAAAGUGAAGGGGCCGUUCUGUAACCUGACAACCCAAAGGCUCUUUUAAGAGCCACCCACAACAUCAGUGAAAGAAACUGGACCCUCACCACAGCCGAGUUAAUUUUAAUGUCCUCUGUAUUACUGGGAGACUGGUAACACAAUACUCACCCUGCCAUUAUUGUUAGUGUUAUUGAGCUAUAAUCCGCCCGGACGGAAUGUAUCCAUGAGGUAGUUUCCUGUAAUUGUAUUGGAAAGAUCUGACACUGUUAGAGGAAUAGCAACAAGUUUAGA